AUGAAAAUUCGACCAUCCAAAAAAAAUCUUGAAGAUGCUAUUGUUAAACUUCCUACACCUACUUUGUCAAGUUUAUCUGAAGUUGAUAUUGAAUCUAACGUACAUGAUACAUCCGAUACAAAUGUCAUUAUUGAUAUAUUACCAACAUCAGCACCUAUUCUUGUUAGUAAAAUUAAAAUAGAAAAACUGAUUACAAAUAAAAAUCUUGAUUUAUCAGAACAAAAACGAUCGAAAUUUGAAGGAAAUAUUCAAUGUAGAUUAGAAAUAAUUGCAAGAUGUUCACGAGAUUCAUUCAUAUCAUCAUCGGUGAAUAUGAGUGAUAAUAGUAAUAAAACUUCAUCACAAUAG